UUUUUCCCGCUCGGAAAUGCGGACCGCAGGCGAGUCCGCCUGACAUCCAAGACCAUCUGCUGGUUCGGUCUGUUUCUCGUGUAUAAAUCUGCAUAAAUAUAAAUAAAAUAGUCCCUAUGAAUCUAUAUAAGAGACUCGUGACCUCUUCCGACAUUUCCCAAUAGUCUGAACUCGAGUUACCCGCUACCAUGUCACUCACGGUUGAAUCAGUCGCUACCCAAGAGGAAGCAUGCCGCCUCGACUCCUUUGACAGUAAUGUCGCCUGGGAGAUCGGAAAUAUCAUUCGCGCCAAUGUCCAACAAAAAUUCACGCGCCCCGCCGUCAUCUACAUCGCGCACGCAAACUCAUCCCAACUCCUGUUCUUCGCCACCUCAGGACCUGGUACACUUCCGGACAAUAUGCACUGGGUGAAGCGCAAGGAGGCAGUAGUGCUCCGUUGGGGAUGCUCGACCAUGCGCAUGAGGUUGUUGCUGCAGACCAAAGAAAAGACACUGCAGGAAGUAUAUGAGAUGGGCGAUCCGAGCAUAUAUGCGGUGCACGGCGGAGGUUUUCCGGUGAUGGUAAAGGGCCUAGAGGGGGUCGCAGGAGUGAUUGUGGUUAGUGGUCUUAAGCAGGAAGACGACCAUAGCGUCAUUGUGGAUGGUAUCCAAGAAUACCUUGCGAGGAAUGCUUGAGACAUCGGCCCAAUGAAAAGAGAUAUCGAGGAUGUGGAACUGUGAUUUAUUUCUGACUUGAAUGCAACGGCACAGGUCUGAUGCGUUCGGCAUUUCGGAGU